CAAGGCAAGGCUAGGCUAGGCUACUCCGCUCGCUACUCCGCGCGAUCACCGAUUUCGUAAGCGUGCGGUGUCGUCAGUCGUGGUAAGUGCCGGGAAUAUCGCCGGGCCUGAGCCUCGCGCUAUCGGCAGUUUGUUGCAAUCAGCAACUGUCGGCAACGAUUCGCUCGCGAGUAACACGCGGCAGGCGUGACACGAUUGAUCGCGGAUGACCUGGCAUUGCGUUCGCGAAAAAGAAAAACUUGCGAGCUUAUCCGAGGACGAGGAACAUGUAUACCGUGUCAAAAGGGCCUAGCAAGAUCGUAGCGAAAACACGACGAGGGAUCAGUCAGAAUCUCGAGAGAUUGGAAACUCUGCGCGAUCUGACAAGGAAGGCCGACAUUGAGGAUGACGACGAGAUCACUUGUCAUGUACCAAAACCAGUCUUCCAUGUGAAUGGGAAAUCCAAGUUUAUCUCGCAGCGACAUCAGAUGCAACAAGUUAUCAUCACGCCACAGCACGAGGAACUUGUCAAAUUUAUCUAUGAAUCAUGGAAUCAAAUUAAUACACGGGAAAGAAACGAAUGUUGCGAUGGUACAGAAUGUGCAGAACUUUGCAGUCCUAACGAUUCGAUAGUAUAUUACGAUGAUGGUGAAAAAAACGAUAGUCUUCAGGGCUUUAAACCGUUCGAUUUGGAAUCUUGGUGGGGCUCACGAUUGUAUCAUAAUCUCUUAAAGUCACUCUGAGAUAUUCAAAGAGCUAAGAUUAUUUUUCCGAGGACUUGUACUACUUUGGAAGUAGUAGUAUGGCAGCCCGUGCUACGCAAAUUAAUCAGUAUCGCGUUUUAAACAUGUGAUCUAAGCCUGAUCGAGUGUUUGAAAAUUGGUAAGAUAGCGUUAAAUGUGGACCUCGGAUGUGAUUUCAUACAUGAAUAAUAAUGUAUUCAAAUUACCGGUUAAAAUAUCACUCGAAUUGUACAUAUAUAUAUACGAUCACAUCACAUGUUACAAAGCGAUAAGUCAGUACAUCUGUGAGCUUACACACGCGUAUGCAAUACACAAUAAUAGCAAACACCGUUAAUAAUUCAAAUGGUCUAAUAACGAUUGUUUUUAUAUGCAUUUUGUUAUAAUGAAAGUUUAUGCAAAAUAUUGAUACUUGUUUAUUGCUCUUUAUUGUUAGAACUGCUCAAUUUUAAUAAGAUGCAGAAUAUCGUUUUUGUACAGAGCUUUGAAACGAUGCAACAAAGUUUCACAAAACUUUUGUAGAAGACAAUUUGUAGAAUAAUGCGAAAUACGCAAAUGUAAACCCAAUUGUUAAAAAAUUCCGAUUCUCGUUACAUUUUCAACAUAAUCGAGGACGCGAUCCAGUAUGUACCAAUGCGUAUACCAAAAUAAGGCUAACAUAAGUAAUUGUGAGCAAAAGACCUAUAGCUGUAUACGGUAUGAAUCCUGCGUGAGGUUGAUGAAUUUUUAAUCUUAGAAUGUUGUAUAUAUUUUGCAUGCAGUGAUCGCGUGAAUGCAUGACAUAAUGGUGCGGAUAUUUGUUACGACAAUUUGCGUUUGAUUUUUAUGUAAGGAGAAAUUUAGUAUAAAUUCGUAGACUGAUAAUAUGUAAGAGAAUAAUCUAUAUAUAUAGUUAUUCGUCGAGUUGUAGCUCGCAGCCGAUGAUGCAAUCUGUUGUUGAGCUCGCUCAUCAAAUUGUUAUAUUAUGGUGGCAAGUUAAAUUGUUUCUAUCCUCGUAUUGUUACGUAUCUGCAGUAUCGGACUAUUGCAAUGAGCCUCCGAUUAGCGACAAUUUAAAUGCCACAAUAUUACGCGUCUGAUAAAGCGCAGUUCGCGAAAGUAGUCGUCAUGUAGUGCGAUAAAAUUCAGCCAUGUGCAGUUGAAUUUUACACGAUCAUGAAUAAAUACCUCUUUAUACAUACAGAAA